UAUGACAUCACUUCCGGGAAACUGCUAUUGUGGUUUUUUCCCCCCUUCCUUUGUAAGCUAAAUUAGCAUUUUUCUUGAAAGCUUUUCGCAGUCUUAUGUAUUUUCUUGCCCUGACUUUGAUAUUUACAUUCAUAUAACGAAGAAGAAGAGAUAAAUAUUCUCGGCACAGAGAGGUCACUGAGCCAAUUAGCAGCAUCAUGUCUGCAGAGCUGGACCUGUCUCCUCCAGAUGUCCCUGAGCCUACCUUUCUAGAGAGUGUACUGCGGUACGGGUUGUUCCUGGGCGCCAUCUUCCAACUCAUCUGCAUCCUGGCUGUCAUCUUCCCCACAUCCAAGGGACAUGAACAGGAGGAGAUUGAGUCCACUGAUGGAAAGGCUGCUGAACAGCUGAGGAGACCUAAAGGACCGGCACCUCAGAUUCGACAGAAACCAAAGAAAGAGAGCAAAAAGAAGCGAUAGACAGCUGUAUGUGUGUCUGCAUAUGUAUGCGUACUUGUUGAGUGAAUGAGUGUAGUGUAGUCAUCAGUGAGUCAAAUUUGGCAGUUACCACUACAGGUAUAUGGAACACAAAUGUCAUAUUACAACAAUAAAAAAAUUCAAGGCACUCCGGAAUGACACUGUGUCCUAUUCACAUUCAACGCAGUAUUACAAGGAAAAAAUUCCCAUGGCUGCGCUGACUGCCACAUAUUUUAAUGGUUAUACUAUGUUUUGCAUUUAUUUUCUUUUAUAAUUGAAUAUCAUUGACUGAAUUGUAUUUGGAUUACAACAGAUGAUUAAAUGUAUUAUGCAGUCA